CGGCCGGCCCGCAGAACCCUCGAGCCUCGAGGUCGAGUUGUACGAAAAAAGGAAUCAUCAUUUUUUUAUUUAGUUCGGUAUUUAUCUUGGUUGAGGGUGGAUGUGUUGCAAACGAUUACAACGUUCCUACAGUUCAAACUGUGUUGUGUUUCGUAGUGCUACAAACGUGUAUUGUUGUGAUUACUUUAAUUGCCUUCGAUAUUUAUUAAAAAUGAUGCUAAUGAAUGACACCACGUCAACCGACAAUAUUAAUUGCUCUAAUACUGCUACAAUACUACAACAAAUGCAGUUAUUUGACCUCAGCCAACCCAAAGAUAUAGUGACCUUCAUCGAAGUAGAACCAGAUAAUAGUAAUGAUACAAACACCACAAUAAAAGAAUCUGUUGAUAAGGCUAAAACAGCCUUAAACAAUAAAAGAAAAUCAGUAAUUAAAAAAAAAACAAAAGCAAUGAAGAAGUCCCAUGUAUCAAUAGACAAAGGAGAAGAGUCCUCACAAAUGUCUAACGAAUAUAACAAAGUAACUCAUCAAGACUUAAGAAGUGAGAAUGCAAUAAACAUCCAAAGAUUGCCAUAUACCCACCAUUUUCCAGUUUCAAAUUGUACCCUAAAUAAUUGCCCACUAACAAAUAGAUUUGAAGAUUAUAGUCCAGAUCAAAGAGUGCAAGCCGCCAAUCAUAACUUUCACCAACCUCAAAUGCAUAGCGAAAGAACUAACCGGUUACAAAUAACAAACCAAUCCAGUAGUACAUUCCCGCCUAGGGAAACCCCAGUUAGGUCAAAUACUGUGCAAAAUUUAAAUCAGAUCAGUCACGAAACAAAUUAUGGCCUGAAUGUUAUCAUUGAGCAUGUCUUUAAUUUUUUAAUACAUGAGUCUCAAUAUAACUUUGGAUUAAGUCAAAGAAAACUAAAAUUGUUCCAACGCUGUUAUGCCUAUGUAGUUCAUUAUUGCCUUGAUCGUGAUCUGUAUAACGAUUACAAAGUUUUUGAUCACAUAGUUCUAGUUGUUGAUUCUAUAGCUCGGAAUAGAUCACAGUAUAUUAAUGAUAACAUAACGCGCCCGUUACUAAGUGAAAUGUUCGAAUGGUGUCGAUACAAAACCCUGAACAGAAGUUGGCCACCUGCGUAUGAUCCGCCAGCGUAUGAUAAGAGCCAAAUUAAUACAACAUCUAAUGAUCGACAAAUUUCUACGCUGCCACCGUAUACACCUACUCGUACAAGCGUGUUAAAAAAGAAUUCAAAUAAAAGUUCACAGAUACAUAAUGAAACAGCUCCUGCAGUAAAUAAAGAUCAAACCUGUUUAUUUACGUCAGGUAAACUUGGAAAAGAAAUAAGUAUAAACAUAGACACCUGUCUUUUACAUACAUUGCAAUCUAAACCAGAAACUACACUUGCAAAAUCACACAGUAAAAAUAUUCAGGAGGACAAAACGUCGAAAUUAAUUCAGCCCCCCAUAAAACCUAGUACUGGAAUGACCAUCCCUUUCGAGAUAGUUGCAGGACUAAAUAAGAAUGAGGUACAAAAUCAAGCUGAAAUAGUUAGAUCUUCUGUAUCGAGGGACAGUGGAUUCAUAAGUCCCCCAAAUGUCAACAACCUGGAAGUUAGACUUGUCAGCCCCGUCCAACAAACUUCUUCAAAUGAAGAUGUUACGCCAAUGAUUACGCAUGUAACGUCCCUAAACAGUAAUGCAUCAUACAUACGUCAAGGUUUAUGUAGUGUUUGUAAAAAUGAAACAAACACACGUUGUACUGGAUGCUACAAAGCUUAUUAUUGCAGCCGAGAAUGUCAGCUAUCGGAAUGGUACCUUCAUAAGAUAUUUUGUAGUAGCAGCCAUCAUUGAAAGAAAAUAAAUUUGCCAACUUCUAUCUGGCGAUUGUCGCAGAAUUAAAAAUAUUUUAUUGGCACGCUGCUGGAAGUUCGACUUGUAUUCCAACAUAUUACUCAAGGCGCAAUCUAAACUCAAGCAUUUCGUAGAAAAAUGAUGUCACAGAUGUUGAAUGUAGAUUUAAAUUUGAUAUGCGUUUUGAAAGACGCCAUUAUUGUUUUUAUAUGAUUGCCGACGUUAUCUUGUACUUUCCCUGUAAUAUAUAUGAUUUGUAUCGAAAAAUAACUUUCGAUUAGUUGCUGCAAUUUUUAAUAAUAAGUAUUAUAACUAUACCAACUAUAUAAAUCGUAGUUGAAUAGUACAUUAAAGCUACCUAUUUUAUAUUAUUAUGUUCUACAGAUUUGUUAUACAAACAGAAAGCGAUAAAUUUCACUGCCCCUAUUAAACAGGCAAAUUUUAUCAUCGUAGUCUAACAUUAUAACGCUAAGGGCAAGAAAUUUUGCACUUUCUGUAUUGUACGUGAAUUACAAAAAAAAACAAUUGUUAAUUAAUUAAUAAAAUAGUUCUGAAAGGCA